AUUAUGAGAGGGCGGGGCUUCACCACUGUCGUCUCAUAGUAGUUUCUGGAACCUCAUGGUUACACCAUGGAGAAGGUAUCUCAGCUGAAAGACCAGGGUAAUAAGGCGCUGAGCGCAGGGAAGAUUGAUGAAGCAGUGCACUGCUACACUGAGGCUCUGACACUGGACCCAAACAACCAUGUCCUCUUCAGCAACCGAUCUGCUGCCUACGCCAAGAAAGGCGACUACGAGAACGCCCUGAAGGACGCGUGCCAGACCAUUAAGAUCAAGCCAGACUGGGGCAAGGGUUACUCGCGAAAAGCUGCAGCCUUGGAGUUUCUGGGAAAGUUUGAGGAUGCCAAAUUAACCUAUCAGGAGGGUCUCCGGCAAGAGCCGUCCAACCAGCAGCUAAAAGACGGGCUUCAGAACAUCGAGGCACGACUCGCAGAGAAGAAGAUGAUGAACCCAUUCGCCGCCCCCAACUUGUAUGAGAAGUUAGAAGGGGACCCCCGAACCCGAGCACUACUGUCGGACCCCAGUUACAGAGAGCUCCUCGAACAGCUCCGCCAGAAACCGUCUGAACUCGGCACGAGGUUGCAGGACCCACGUGUGAUGACGACCCUUUCAGUGUUGCUUGGAUUCGACCUGGCUGGCAUGGAGGAAGAGGAGGAGCCGACUCCGCCCCCUCCACCUAAACCCAAAGAGACAGCCCCGCCCCCUCCCAAAGAGGAAGAUCUGCCAGAGAACAAGAGAUUGGCGUUGAAGGAGAAGGAACUUGGUAAUGCAGCAUACAAAAAGAAGGACUUUGAGACUGCACUCAAACACUAUGAUGAGGCGUGCAAGCAUGACCCCACCAAUAUGACUUAUCUGUCUAAUCAGGCUGCUGUGUUCUUCGAGAAGGGAGAGUUUGACAAGUGUAGAGAGCUCUGCGAGAAAGCCAUCGAGGUGGGACGAGAAAAUCGUGAGGACUACAGACAAAUCGCCAAGGCCUAUGCCAGGAUUGGGAACUCCUACUUCAAACAGGAGCGGUAUAAGGAGUCCAUCCAGUUCUUUAACAAAAGUCUGACAGAGCAUCGCACCCCUGAGGUGCUGAAGAAAUGCCAGCAGGCAGAGAAGAUUGUGAAGGAGCAGGAGAAAUUGGCUUACAUCAACCCAGAGCUGGCACUGGAGGAGAAGAACAAGGGCAAUGAGGCUUUUCAGAAAGGUGAUUAUCCUCUGGCCAUGAAGCACUACACCGAGGCCAUAAAGAGAAACCCUAACGAUGCCAAGCUCUUCAGCAACAGAGCAGCCUGUUACACCAAGUUACUGGAAUUCCAACUGGCCCUCAAGGAUUGUGAGGACUGCAUCAGACUGGAACCCACCUUCAUUAAAGGAUACACGCGCAAGGCAGCAGCGCUGGAGGCAAUGAAGGACUAUUCCAAAGCCAUGGAUGCCUAUCAGAAGGCUUUGGAGCUUGAUGCAAACUCCAAGGAGGCUACAGAGGGGAUGCAGCGCUGCAUGGUGAGCCAGGCCAUGAGGAACGAUAACCCAGAGGAUGUGAAGCGGCGGGCCAUGGCUGAUCCGGAGGUGCAGCAGAUCAUGAGCGACCCUGCCAUGCGCAUGAUCCUCGAGCAGAUGCAGAAAGACCCGCAGGCCCUCAGCGACCACCUGAAGAACCCAGUUAUCGCUCAGAAGAUUCAGAAACUCAUAGAUGUCGGACUCAUAGCCAUCCGGUGAUCAAGAGAGUAGCGUAGAACCACGGCUGCCAUCAUCCAGAUCAACACCACUACAAGACCUCAGAGGAAAGAAGACUCCAUUCAUUCAAAAAAAAAAUUUUUUUUUUCUCACCAAAUAGCAGUCAACCUUUAUGUUAAACGUUUUUAUUUAAAUGUAAGGCCUCAUUAUGUGAAACAUAACAUGCAGUGCUCCAUUUGCUUCUUAGCACUCCAGUACCAGCAGUGUUUGUCUAACAUCUCACUAUACAUCUCUGUCACAUCUGUCUCAGAAUGGCAUAUUUUAAUAACCUUUAUGGAUUUAGUAUAAAACGGUGCAACCAUUCUGAGAUUCUUCAUCAUGUGUCUGUUUUGAUGACUGCAGGCUUCGAGCACUGCAAAACACAACAAUAACAAGUAAAAUUAUCUUGAAUAUAGUCAAAUAUAUUUAGCAUUUCCUUUUAUAAGUUUGCAAUAAACCAAAUAUAAGAUUAUUGAAACCUAUUUGUAGAUAUUUUCAAUAAUCAAGUUUCAAAUCCUAUGCUAUUGGCGGAAAACUUUUUUUGCUUCUUUCUUGAAAUAUAUAAACGCUUAAAGCUUGAAAUGAGUGAAAGAAUGUCUGGAUAGGGUUAAUCUUGUAUUUGGUUUCUUGUAAUCUUGUAAAUGAAAAUACGAGAGAAAUUUGACUGUUUGAAGGUACUUAGAUUUGAUAAAAUACAUAUUAUUUUUUGCCGUGAGGUGCCAAUAUUGCUAAUGAGGGAAUUCUAGCAGGUAAAGAGAAACAGGUCUGAAUUUUUGCAACAAAAUGCCUAGCGUGUCUGGAUGAGACGGUUCCAUACUAACAGCAUAAAGGGGAAAAACAGCACAUUCUACCCUGUACUUUUGCACUGAACCAGAGAUCAUAGCCCCGCCUUCUAGUCUUUUAUUAAUUCACUAAUUUAAGUAUUGCAAAUUACACUAUUUGUAAAUUUCACCUUGAUGAAGUCAGUGUGAAAGUAAAAGUAACCGAUUUUUCUGCCAGAGUUUCACAUUUGGUCUGAACACCGCUUUAGCUGAAAAAGCUGGAAAGUGUUUUCAAUAUCGCCACAGCAAGGGGGUCAGAAAGAAAUAAUAAAUGCUACAGCUAAAUCGUAGGCAUUGGUAUCUCUGUACAUGAAUAUUUGAGAAUGUAGUCCUAUCCGUCUGCGCCCCCCCCCCCCCCCCCCCCUUUGGCUUUUUUUUAAAAAAAAAAAGUUUCAGUAGUUUCUAUCUGACAGUGUUUAUGAUUAGCUCGUUCUAUUUACAGGGAAAUGAAUGCUCAGUUGGAGUUGUGAUGAGACAAGGUUCUGGUUCUGGUUGUCUGGAUGUGGUUGAAACUCACUGUGAAAUGGCACACGUUCUUUUCUAACGUAGAACAGUUUGACGCCUAUCAAAUCCACUUGCAGUAUAUUUGAUGCAUCAGUUAAAAAUCCUUGUUUCUCAAAAAUGCCGAGUUUGUAAGAGACUAACCUGAUUAUGAAAGCAAAACCUGAUCCGAGAUCGGCUCUUAACUCUGCAUGUCUGCAACCCGGAAACUUCAUAUUCAGCCAUGAAUCAGCCUUGAUAAUGGUCGUACUGUAUACAAGGCUGAGUGGUUACUGAAGUGUUUUAAGGAAUUUCAAAUUUUGGUACCAGUUUACAUCGAGUCUUCGUUAUUUCUAAAUGCAACAUCAAAGUGUCCGUGAUGGCAAGUCUGCAAACCUCUCACUGUUGUCAGUCUCAUCUGUGCUUCAAUACAGGGCAUAAUCCGACACGUGGAUGUGUCUGGCUGCUUUCAUGCUCCUUUUUUUUCUUUUCCUCUUUUCUCACUUCAAUAAACUGAUGCAUACCACACCAUCUUGAAUGCAUCCAGUUGACUUGCUUCUUACACAGUUGAUAAAGCAGAGCAUAAAUGACUGCCACUCAACUAAGAAACCUCUGACCAAGUCCUAAAAUAGGCCUGUAUGUUGUAAUACAUAUGCAUAAACUAGUUUUAGGGUAUGUAGAUACACAGCACUUAACAAAAGAGUCAUAUUUUAAUUAUGUAAGCAAAUCAGUGCUCGGGAGGAAAAAAAAAAUGUACCUGCAAAUGCUUUUGAUCAUAACGUAUGUGUUCUGGAGAAGACAUGACAAAUUAAAAUGUUGAUGCAUCGUAAUUGUUCUGAAAAAUAUAUCUGAAUGUGUUUGUAAAUCAA